GCAAGUUGGUGCACUUUAAUGGUGAUACUCGUACCGAAAGGAUAGAAAGUCGUCGAGUGCGCGCAAGGAAGUCCAGUCUGCGGCGCGACUUCGACCGACACGGAACGUAUCCUCAAGAGUAACAAAAGUAACAAAAAAGUAACUAGAGUAAUACGAGUGUAACGAGCGCGUACAAUCACAGAUUAAGAGUAUUUUUAUUUAUAUUUUUAUAUAAUUUCAAAAAUUAUCAGGAACAAUUAUUAUUAGUAGUUUGUAUUAUUUUUGUAAUCAGUGUUAAAAUAAUUAAGAAAUUAGUGAAAAAAUACUAAAAGUGCCUGGGCGAAUUAAGGACUCGUUAUAUUUUAUACUCAUAAAAUUUUGAUUAAUCAUCAAAUAAAAUGGGUGUAACAGCACAACCUCCACAGCAAAUCACCGACCAUCACCUCAAACAUCCCCCUAAUGAGACCAACAACAAUAAAAACGUUGUCCUACGCCAUAACUCCAUCAACAACUCUUUGAAUACAAAAAGUUUGUACAUAUCCAACGCUGAAGAACUAAAAAUCACCGAUUUCUAUCGUGGAUUAAACAUAUUCAUCACGGGAGGCACCGGAUUCGUCGGUAAAUCAGUCAUUGAGAAACUCCUACGUACUUGUGAUGGCAUCGGCAAUAUCUACAUGCUUAUCAGAGCAAAACGUGGUAUGAAUGCCUUGACACGUCUCCAGGAAUUAUUCAAAAACCCUUUAUUUGAGAAAAUCAAAGAAAAAGAUGAAACUCUACUGGAGAAAAUCAUCCCCAUUGAAGGGGAUGUUUCUCUUCCGAUGUUGGGUAUCUCAGAGGAAGCUAAACGUCUAUUGGUUGAGAAUGUGCAUGUGGUGUUUCAUUCAGCUGCGACUGUGAGGUUUUCCGAUUCGUUGAAGACAGCGAUUGUGUUGAAUACGCAGGGGACGAAAAGGAUUUUGGAGUUGGCGAUGGAGAUGAAGAAGUUGAAGAGUUAUGUGCAUGUCUCGACGGCGUAUAGUAAUUCGGAUAAGGAUAAUGUGGAUGAAGUGGUGUAUGAGCCGCCGGCGAAUCCGUAUCAUAUGAUUAGGUGUGCGGAGACGUUGAGUGAUGAGGCCAUGAGUCAAUUGGAGAAGUUGGUGGUUACCAAGCAUCCGAAUACUUAUACGUUUACCAAGGCGAUGGCGGAGAGUAUUGUGCAGGAGUAUGCUGGGAAGUUGCCCACUGCGAUUGUUAGGCCUUCGAUUGUUACAAACGCUUGGAAAGAACCCUUCGAAGGUUGGAUAGACCACUCCACUGGUGUGACAGGCAUCAUGAUGGAGAUGGGCCGUGGUGGUGUGCAGAUCGUCUAUGGCGAUUACGACAAUCAGAUGGAUAUUGUUCCCGUGGACUUUGUGACCAAUACACUGAUAACAGCCGCGUGGCACACAGUGGCAAAACGCAGCAAUACGAUGCGUAUCUAUAACUGCACCUCAGGGCAUGAUAACAAUAUCACAUGGGGUGAAUUCAGCCAAAUGACAGUUGCGUCUGCGCGCAAGUUUCCCUCAAGUAUAUCACCUGGUAUCCGCAGGUUAUCUUCACGAAGAACCGAUUCUUCUAUUAUUUGAUUCAAAUGUUUAUGCAGAGGGCGCCAGCUCUGCUGGCGGAUCUUUUGUUGAUCUGCACAAGGAGGAAACCUAUAAUGUAUCGAUUUGCGAAAAAGUCGAACGCAAUGUAAAGAUCGGCGAGUUCUUUGUGAGCUCCAAGUUCAAAUUCGACGUGAACAACCUCGCCGAGCUCCAAGGGGACGUGCGGGCCGCCGCCGACGGUGACAACUUCCCAAUGGACGUCUCCAAACGGCAUCUGGAUUGGCGGAAGUACAACGAGCUGUGCAUGCUCGGUAUUCGGCGGUCUGUGCUCAAGGACGACAUCAGCAGCCUGCCGCAUGCAAGGCGGCGACUUAACGGAUAUUAUUGGUUAAAGAAAAUCCUCCAACUGCUCAGCGUGUACGUCCUGUUAAAGAUGACCAUCUGGUAGUCAUUAAACAAUCAACAAUCAAACCUUACUUAACUCUUAUUACUUAAAAUAGUUUAACGUUAUUUUUAAGCUAUGUUUAAGUAAAGACAAAAACAAAAAUAAUUGAGUUAUUGAGGAUAAUAAUAUAAUAAUCAAUCAACCGUCCAUUAAUUAUUACUUAAUUAAGUACGAGUAAGUUUAGAGCAUGAUAAGUGUACUUAAGUAUUAUAAAGUGUCUUAAGUGUACUUAAAAAUUUUAAACGAAUGUAUUGUUAUUGUAUUUUGGAGAGUUUAAUGUGUCAAUGGAAAUUCAUGUUGAUUGAAGCAGUUGAAUGGUGUAUCACCACGUUUUCGGGGAUGUUUAAAGUGUUGAUGAUUAAGGGUUGUACUUCAUUCUAUGGUCAAUUAUAUAUUGUGUAUGAUAUUUAUAAAUUGUCAUCAAUAUACUUAUUGAAAAGUA